AUGCCUUCACCAGCUGGGACAGAAGUACAGGAUGGUCUUACAAGAUGCCCUAAGACUGUCUCCGAUGACGUGAAUUGGGGAAAAGACGAGGCUGUGGACUGCUUCAGGAGCCUGGUACCUGUGGUGCGUCUGGCCAACGUCUUCGGGUUGAUGCCGCUCUCUGUUAAGGGCGGCCGCUUCAAGUUCGUGAGGUUGAGCCUGCUGACGGCGUACGCUCUGUUGGUGACGUCCAUUAUGGCACUGUUCCUGGUGGUGAGGGUCGUGGCGCUGCUGAGCCUGAAGGAGGAAGACAGUGAGGAGGACUGGGUGCCACUCCUCACCGCGACCGUCUUCUACCUUCUGGGGGCCACGGGUGCCAUCCUCUUGAUGCGCCUCGCCUGGGAGCUCCCUGAUGUUAUGGUCAGGUGGGCGGGGGUUGAGGGGCGGCUGGGGGGCGUGGCGUCCUCGAGGGUGAAGCUGGUGGUGUGUGCUGUGGUGUUCAUGUUGUCGGCUGCCGGGGAGACCACCGCCUCCGUCUUCUACAACAUCCCCCUCAACUGUACCGUCGGCUUCUGGACGUUGCUGGAGUGUUACGUGGUGGCAGGACACAAGUACGAGACACAGCUCCUGGGGUACACUGACGGCACGGGCCUCGUCAUCCUGCUGAUCAACAAGUACGCCACUGUCGUCUGGAACUUCGUCGACGUCCUCAUCGCCAGCUUCGCCAUCAUCCUCACUCGCCACAUACGGGUCUACAAUGCUCGCCUCAAGUCUGGGUGCGGGUGGUGGGGGGCGGAGGAGUGGAGGAGCGGGCGGGAGGAUCAUCUGGCCUUCCUUCAGCUACUGAGGGUCAUGGAUAAAGCCUUGGGGCCCCUCGUCCUACAGUCCUACGUCACCAAUCUCUUCUUCAUCCUGGUGCAGUUAUACCUCGGCCUCAGACCCAGUCGCCGAGAGGACGUGGUGGCUCGGUUGUACUUGACGUGGUCCUUCCUGCACCUGGUGGCUCGUCUCCUGUUGGUAUCCUUCACCUGUUCUGCCAUUCACGAGACCUCCAAGUACAGCCUAGUCCAACUGUUGAACAUCCCCACCGAGCGGUAA